GCAGCGAGGAAUCUAAUCUAGUGGUGUACCACCCUUCCUCCCUCCCCCUCCCUCCGUUUCCCCUCCAAAAAAUUUCACCUCCCACUGCGCCAUCGCGUCCACGACUGCCGAAGCUUCCAGACCCUUCUACGGCCUCGCCCGCCGUCGCCGUUCCCUCCUCUCACGGGUCGCCGCCUCCGGCAGCGGCGAGGCUGCUUCGCGGAAGGCGGAGCUGCACUGGUUGGGGGGGACGGACGGUGCUAGGGUUUGUGUCCGGGUUCGGGCCGCGGCAGCCGGCGGCGCCCGCGUAGGAGGAUGCAUAUGAUGCGGCGGCUCAAGAGCAUCGCCUCAGGCCGCUCCUCCGUCUCCGAUCCGGGUGGUGACUCUGGCUCAAAAAGGCCAAAGUUUGAUCAGGAUGGUACGGGAGAUAUUGUCGUCGAACCACAUCUACCUAAUGAUAAACCUAUGCGUCUAGACCAAGAGUCAUCAUCAUCAUCCUCUCAUAGAGAUGCUGAGGCAAGCACAUCUACUAGUAUGAAUCCUGCUAAAACUGAAGAAACAGCUGCAGAUCUUCCAGAAGGAAUGAAUGAUAUGAAGAUAAGCGAUGAUAAAGUUGAUGGCCAUAACGAUAAGGACGCUGAAGGGGUUGCCGUUGAUGGAAAUGGAACAGAAGCAGGUCAGAUCAUUGUGACAACGAUAGGAGGUCAAAAUGGGAAGCCAAAGCAGAAGGUCUCGUACAUGGCAGAACGUGUUGUUGGGACUGGUUCAUUUGGUGUAGUAUACCAGGCCAAGUGCUUGGAAACUGGAGAGACUGUUGCCAUUAAGAAGGUGCUGCAGGAUAAGAGAUAUAAGAACAGAGAGCUCCAAACGAUGCAAUUACUUGACCAUCCAAGUGUAGUUCAGCUAAAGCAUCAUUUCUUUUCGACAACAGAGAGGGGUGAAGUUUACCUAAACCUUGUACUUGAAUACGUCCCGGAGACAGUUUAUCGUGUCGCCAAAUACUAUAAUCGGAUGAACCAGCGUGUACCCAUACUAUAUGUUAAGUUGUAUACCUAUCAGAUGUGCCGGGCCCUUGCAUAUAUCCAUCGUGUUGUUGGUGUAUGCCAUCGAGAUAUUAAGCCACAGAAUCUAUUGGUCAAUCCACAUACACAUCAACUUAAGCUUUGUGAUUUUGGGAGUGCUAAAAAACUGGUCCCUGGAGAGCCAAACAUCUCGUACAUUUGCUCGCGGUACUAUAGGGCUCCUGAGCUAAUAUUUGGAGCUACUGAGUAUACCACAGCAAUUGACAUCUGGUCUGUUGGUUGUGUACUAGCUGAGCUUCUGGUUGGUCAGCCUCUGUUUCCUGGAGAAAGCGGUGUUGAUCAAUUGGUCGAAAUAAUAAAGAUUUUGGGUACCCCAACAAGAGAAGAAAUCAGAUGCAUGAACCCGAACUACUCUGAAUUUAAAUUCCCUCAGAUAAAAGCUCAUCCCUGGCACAAGCUUUUUGGUAAGCGCAUGCCACCUGAAGCGGUUGAUCUGGUGUCAAGGCUACUUCAGUACUCACCUAGUCUGCGCUGCACAGCUGUUGACGCUUGUGCCCAUCCAUUCUUUGAUGAACUGCGGGAUCCUAAGACCUGCUUGCCAAAUGGACGGUCAUUACCACCAUUGUUCAACUUCUCAGGAGCUGAGCUAGAAGGCCUCCCCGUUGAGCUACUCCACCGGAUCAUUCCUGAACAUAUGAGGAAGUGAAGAAGUGGCUGCAGGAACACUGUCUCUCUCCAUUAGCGCGCAGCGACGUGCGGGCAAGACAGGGCAACACGCAUCAGCUGGGUCAUCUGGAGUGGACUCUCAUCAACACGCAUCAGCGCGGUCCUGCCCAGCGCUAGAGAAGGUCAACCGGGCCAUGGCCCAGGGCCCACAACAGUGUGAGCCCUCUUUUUAAGUGUAUGUGUUAUGUCAGUUUGAUGAAAGAAUAGUACUCCAUGUCACACUUUUCUAGCCUUUUCCCAGUGAAGCAUGAAAUUAUUCAAAAAGAAAAGUGAAGCAUGAAAUGAUGAUAUCAUGCUUCCGUGGACUUCAUUGGCAGCAGGGUGUUCAGAGAAGUAAUGUAUGCACACUAUUAUCGAUAGGGAUUCAAAUUCGAAUCCCAUAGCAGAGGCAUUCAUGGUUGCUA